CCAGAUGGGCUUAGGCUUUAUUGUAUAGACUGGAAUAUUUCGGUACAGCUGUUGGUACAGGCUUUGAAGAACUAUUUCACAUCUAUACAUGCAUAUAACUUAUUUUCGCUUUUUUAUGUUAUUACUAGGUAGUUAUUACUAGGUAGUAUAAAUAUUACAUUGGUUCUGCAUUUCUCGUAGAAGAGAAUAUUUUAUGGAAAGGUUUGCUGCCAACGGGAAUUACCGAUUAAAUUAGGUAGAAACUUAUGAAAGGUCGGCUUAGGCUUUAUUUUAUAGACUAAGGCGAUGGCCAGCGAAAAGGGAUGCUAUUGAAUAAAUUUAAUGCACCCAACAGCCUGUAACCAGUCAUCAGCUAUCGUGAACAGAGAAGAAGACCUCACCACGCUGACACGUGACUAGCCCUAUCACCGACUACAAGCUGGAGGGUAAUAUGUGAGACAUUGCUGACAUCAAUCCCAUCUACUCAGAGCGCAGUAAGCAUCAUCACCUGACAGGUCAAACCCAGGUGACUCAACAUAAGCUGAAUCUUCACAAGACUUGUGAUUGGAUGUCUGUCGACUGAAAAGUUGCAUUCUUUGUAUACAUAGCUAUUUCCACCAUGAGCUGUGAAGUUAGGAACGAAAAGUGUCCGUUUCAAAUACAAUGCUUAUUUCCCACUAAUGCUGAUGAUAAACGACCUUUUACUCUUUACUUUUAUUCUUCCCAGGGAAGUCAAGAACGAGUACUUGGCUGUGCGUACAACGGAAACCAUACAUGCUUUCACAAAAAUGGAUUCGAGAUCACACAUAAAGGUUUUAACGAUGCCACCAUCACAGUUCCUGACACAUUUGCAACAAGCAAUGGUUCAUUUGUUUGCAAGAAAGGAUACAUUGAUACGUUUAAAAAUUGUUCGUACCAUCCUUCAGAAAUCUGCAAUACUAUUAGCAGCACUGAGUCUGGAAUCGGUCUUGAGACGACUACAAAAGGUGUUGACUUCACUUUAACCACUGAACAGGUCGGAAAUAAAGAUGUCAGUCCUGCAGUUCUUGCUGGUGUGAUUCUAGGAUUAAUCACCGUCAUUGCGCUUAUCAUCGUCAUCGUCUGUCUGCUGCUCAGGAAAUACAGACCUAAGAGUUAUGGGCGUUCCAAGAAAUCUCCAAUAUACACCGUUGCUACACCAGUCAUCGUUAGCGACGAAUACAACAAAGUCUUUCUUUGGAAAGAAAACAACCAUGUAAACCAACUGACGACUGACCCUGCAUCACCUAGCUUCAAUGGAGGCAUUGUGGAAACAAAGGACCUGCUCCACUGGGAUGACGAACUAACCAUCAAUGCGCCGACGGCAAACGCCGACCAGGAGCACACAUCUACUGACAACGAGAACAAUGGCGAUUCUUGGUGGAAAUUGUGAUGAAAUGAAGGCGGCUGUAGAGGGAUGGUGUUACCAUCCGAGGGGAAAGGGGUCUCUUUAGCUGGCUCGCUCCGCCCGCUUUCGCCCUCACACUCAGUCACCCGCCCGUUCACACGUCCGCACGCGUAACGACUAAUAGCCACUCUCACCCACGUGCGCAAACACACAACUGACAAGACAGUUGUACAGAUUAUAUAAUUAUAAUUGAAACAAAAAAGCAAAUUAGGUUGACGUGAAAACAGUUACAGAAGAAUGGAUUUAGAGAUAAUUUGAUCUUACGUCAGUAUGUGCAUAUAUGUCCGGACACACGAUCCGCCUCUGACCCACAGUUCACAGUUUUAGAAUAUAGUGGGUCCUCCUCGAACACGAACUGUCCUUGUUCGUUGAAGAUUACCGCUCACCUACCUUGUCCUUUGUUUCCUGAAGAUGAGUGCAGCUGGCUGCAUGCACCUUAUCUUCUAGAUGAUUUCUUGCCACUGUCCCACCACAGUUGCCCCAGGCAAAGGAUGCAGCGACGAUGCUCGGAGUAGAGAUGUCUUGUAUGCUGAACGUUGUUUCCUGAAGAUGGGUGCAGCUGCCUGCAUGCACCUGGUCUUCUGGUUGAUUUCUUGCCACUGCUCCACCGCAGUUGCCCCAGGCAAUAGAUGCAGCGACGAUACACGUAGCAGAGGUGACUUGUAUGCUGGUCUGUAGGUGACCACACUGGACCGGUGGCACGGUGGGGUCUGCCAGCCGCUGCCUCGCACGUCUUGCUGCCGGACACAGUUAACUCCCCGCUUGUCCAGGGGAAAAAUCAGCCUCUUGGUUACAGUGCACACCCUCCUCUCUUUAUAACCACAAAUGCCAGCAGGUAGUGAUACGUUCUGACUGAACGGGCUUCCCUGUUUCAGACCUGCUGCCUGCGACUGAAUAACACUCAGAGACGACGUCUCUGCUGGAACACGAGGGAAAAAGCCCCGACUACACAUCUACCCUAAAUUAUAUACUAAGAGGACACGUGACUACUCGCCACUCAAUCUACCAGGUCCUGACGCUAUCGCUCUAACACUAAAACAACUACUGACUGCGCUAUUCUCAGGUACCUGUGACAUCUACCGUUCCUUUCUCUCACGAUCGGCCACAUCAACCUCUGACUUCCGCGACCCUCAGUCGGAUUCUCUCAUUCAGCCGGUAUAUAAAAAAGUAAUUCGAAGGUGGGGGGAGGGAAAGUAAAUAACACAUAAGCAAACGGGAUAUUUUGUUUCUAUCAUAAUUUAGGAACGCCUUUCUAUCUUUCGCCACUUUUCCUUCUGAUUUGAAGAACUGGAUGAUCUGAAUAAUUAGGCCAGAAAGACUUUUUAAGAGAUUAUGUUGUAAAAAGUAAUGCAGAUAGCAGAGAGGUAUUUUGAUGCUUAAUUUUCCCGGUGA